AGCGGGGCAGGCGGCGGAGCGCCGCAGCAUGCGGGGCCGCGCAGGGCUUCCUCUGCGGGUGGGCUGCUGCCGCCGCGCGCUCUCUCUCGCUUCUUUUUUUUUUUUUUUUUUUUUUCGCUGCGUGUGAGUGUUAUUUUUUUUCCCCCCUCUCUUCACCAACUUCCUUCCUGCUCCAACUGGCGAAGCUCGAGGCUGAGCGCUGACAGCAGAGGAGGACCCCGGCCGCAGGCGCCGCUCCGCCGACCAAGUGACCAUGACUGAGAAGACACAAGAACCUCAUGUGGAAGAUGAUGAUGAUGAGCUGGAUGGGAAACUCAACUACAAACCUCCUCCCCAGAAAACACUGCAGGAGCUGCAAGAGUUGGACAAGGAUGAUGAAAGCCUCGCUAAGUACAAGAAGUCCCUGCUGGGAGAUGGACCUGUGGUAGUAGACCCAACAGCUCCCAAUGUGGUGGUCACCCGACUCACUCUGGUAUGUGACUCUGCUCCAGGACCCAUCACUAUGGACCUGACAGGUGACCUUGAAGCACUCAAGAAAGAGACCUUCGUAUUAAAGGAAGGGGUGGAGUACAGAGUUAAGAUCCACUUCAGAGUAAACAGGGACAUUGUGUCGGGACUGAAAUACGUGCAGCACACCUACCGGACAGGGGUGAAGGUGGACAAAGCCACGUUCAUGGUUGGCAGCUAUGGGCCACGGCCAGAGGAGUAUGAGUUCCUGACACCUAUUGAAGAGGCUCCUAAGGGUAUGCUGGCUCGAGGCACCUAUCACAACAAAUCCUUCUUCACGGAUGAUGACAAGAUGGACCAUCUCACCUGGGAGUGGAACCUGUCCAUCAAGAAGGAAUGGACAGAAUGAGUUCACCCAGUUUGCCUUCCCCCUUCCCAUCCCCUUGCCUCCUGCACCAGUCUCCAGGUGGGCCAUGCC